AUGAAACCCUACCCGGCUUUGAGCUUCCUCACUCUCACUCGGUCACUCACUCCCUCGGUCCCUCCCAGGCUCCCACUCAACACAGAGCUUCAGCUUCUCCAGUCUCCACUCUCCACCCUCUCCACCCAUAGUCACUCUCACUCACACCCGCAGUCACCGUCCUCACCCUUCACGAUCGCACUUCCGUCGACCUCACCCCUCAAGCUCGCACUUCGGAGUUCCGUCCUCACCCCUCACGCUCGCAGAGUCGCAGUCACCGUCGCUCUUCGGUCCUCCUGGGUUCUAGCCACCGCUGCUGCUCCGUAUAGCCGUCGUCGCUGCUGGUCUCGGUCCUGGGCUCCUGGGUCCUGUCCUCUCGCUCUCUGGCCUCUGGGUAUGCUCGUCGGUCCUCUCGCUCUCUGGGUCUCCUUGUCUGUCUUCAUCGCCGCUGCUCCUCGCCUCCUGGUCCUCUGCUCAUCACCACUGUCAUAUCAGAUUUCUGAUUGAAUUACGGUUGGACCGAUUGGACAAAUAAAUCAGUGAAUCAGUGACUAGAGCGGUUCGAUGACUGGUUCGGUUUUCAGAAUCUUGGGUAAUUUAGAAAACUAUAAAAUCGGAUCGAGAGUCCACUUUAUUCUGAGGUUGGUGUCACUGAAUUGAAAUUAUUUUCAGUUAAAAAAGUUUUUCAUCAUGUUAACUAAUUAAAAAAAAUAAACAAUAAAAAAUAUCUCGAUUAGACUCUCAAUUGAUUCAAACAUAAAUCUUCAACCUCCUUUAUGUAUAGAGUGCAUUCUUUAAAUAGGAUAUUUAAAACUUUAUUAAUAAUAUUUAGUAAGGUCGUGACAUCAGACAAUAGCUGUUCUUUUUUAUUUUUGUCUAGCUCUUUAAUCUCAGUUAGAAUCUCACGUAUCUGUCCAUUAUAUAUUUGAACCUUGAUACCAUCUUUCAAAUUUAAAUUUCCGUGGUAUUCACCCUUUAAACGUAGCAUUUUUAGACUUUUACAGAUAGGUUUAAAGAUUGAUAUAAAAUCUUCUUUUAUGUUCUCCCACAAAUCUCCACCCGUCCAUUCAGUUUUUAAAUUUUUUUUGUCUUUAGCCAAGAAUCCAAUCCGAAUCAUAAUAUUCUGAAAUUAUUCUUUUUCGUGAUAAAUUUAAAAAAUGUAUUCUCAAAAAUAGAUUUUCAUCGAAAAUAUUUCAUUUGACUUGUUUUGUGUAUCGACGCUCUAGUUCAUCAGUCUUAUGGUCUUUAGAAAAUUAAUUAACUAUCACCCUAUGUGGAAGAGGGGAAGACAAAUCUGAAAAUCUACUGUUACCAUACCCGUGCAUGUAAUCGUAAUAAAACUGGCUUUUUUUCAAAUAUUUUAGACAUGACACUUUUUUUUACUAAGUUAAAAAACAUCUAAAGAAAAUUACAAACAUUAAGACUCAAGCAAUUUAUUAUUUGUAAUUUAACUACUUAGUAAACAAGCAUUUAUUAGCUUAGAGAAUAACUCAGUUUUUGAUUGCCGAAGGAGUGAUGACUAGUAGCAAAAAAUAUACCACAAUUUAUUAUUUGUAAUUUAACUACUUAGUAAACAAGCAUCUAUUAGCUUAGAGAAUAACUCAGUUUUUGAUUGCCGAAGGAGUGAUGACUAGUAGCAAAAAAUAUACCACAUAAUUAUGGCCUAAAAAAUAGAUAUAUAUUACACGUGCAGUUUUUGCAUAUACAUGUAAUUUU